UUCGUCUCCCCCACGCUCUCCUCUCUACCCAAACCCUCCCUUUCCUCCCCCAAUUCUCCAUUUCUCCUAGCUCGCCGGAAACCCUAAGCGGGCCACCUCGCGCCGCGGCGGGCCGGCGAGCGAUCGCAUUGGGCGGCGGCGGCGAUGGCGACCCACGCCCCCAAGGGCUACCUCUGCGCGGGGAGCUCGUCGUUCGAUGAUCCCGACGUGGUCGAGGUGACGCCGGCGGCGGCCGCGGCAGGGGGGUGGAGCUCCGGCCACCAGAAGCGGAAGCGGAGUCAGGUUGUUCCUCAUGAAGUAAUUGAACUGGAUGCUGAUGAUGAUCCUGAUGGAGUUGUGAUUAUUGGUGAAAAAUCAUCAGUUGAUAAGAAUAAGCAAGCUGUUGGAUAUCCUAUAGACUGGCUAAAGCAUGCAAAGAGUAGUUUGGCUGGUGAAAUUGCUGGCCCAAGUUCCUACCCAUCAAAAAAUCCUGAUAUAUUACUUGGUGGCCUGAAAAUAUUUCAAGAGAACCCAUUUUACAACAACAUUGAUGACUAUGCUUAUGAGGCAUUUGAAGAAGAUUAUGGUUAUGAUGAAGAUGAGUAUGAUGAUUACGAUUAUGAUAGUACACUUUAUGAAAGUGAAUAUAACUUCACUUUGGCUUCCAAGUUUGAUGGUUUGGAUAUCCCACCUGGUGUGGAGGCUCCUUUACCAUGGUUGCAGACGACUGCGGCAGAGAUGGCAAAUAAGACCAAACCUGUGAACAUGAUGGAUGAUAAAAUUGAUGAAAAAUACAGUGCAUUUAAGCAAUUCGAUACUGUUGAUGAUCACAGUGAUCAUUAUUAUUCGAAGCCAGAUUUAAGAAAGGUUCAGGUAGUGAAAAAGCCUUCAAAAGAAUGGGCAAAGCGUAUUCAGCACGAGUGGAAAGUUCUAGAAAAAGAUUUACCAGAUACCAUAUUCGUGAGGGCAUAUGAGGAUAGAAUGGACCUGCUUAGAGCUGUUAUUACGGGACCAGCAGGCACUCCCUAUCAUGAUGGUCUCUUCUUCUUUGACAUUUACUUCCCUCCUCAUUAUCCGAGUGUACCUCCACUGGUGAACUAUCGGUCUGGUGGGUUGCGGCUUAAUCCAAACUUGUAUGCUUGCGGGAAGGUGUGCCUUAGCCUGUUGAACACCUGGUCUGGUAGUGGAUGUGAGAGGUGGAGUCCUUCAAACUCAACAAUGCUACAAGUCCUGGUCUCAGUUCAGGCUUUGGUGUUGAAUGCCAAACCUUAUUUCAAUGAGCCUGGAUAUGCCAUGCAUGCUAAUACACCUCAUGGCGAGAAGAGUUCAUUAACUUAUAAUGAAGAUACUUUCCUGCUAUCCUGCAGGACAAUGCUAUAUUCUCUGCGAAAUCCACCAAAGCAUUUUGAGGAUUUUAUCGCCGGUCAUUUCCGCAAGUAUGGCCAGAGCAUCCUGAUAGCUUGCAGAGCCUAUCUGGACGGUGCCCAAGUUGGAUGUCUUGUUGGAAAUGGUGUGCAGGAUGUCGAUGAGGGCGACAAGAGCUGCUCGGCGAGGUUUAAGAGCGCGCUGAAGAGAUUAUUUGAGGAACUUCUGAUGGAAUUCACUGUCAAGGGAGCAGAGUGUGACAAAUUCCUAGCUGAGAAGGCCAAAGCCGCGGCUUCUAGAGCUCCAGCAGACACCACAUUGAGAUCCCUGCUUCUACGCUGGAAUUCAGCUAGAAUGCUAGAUUAUCAGUUGUAUUUUUACACAUAUUCUUCUAAUAGUAGGUAUUGGGCCUUAGAAGGUAGUGCCUUUGGGCCUUCGCAUGGCCCAUGUCUUUGGCCCACUAAGCGAACCGUCGGUUCAAAAUCAGCAGGUUCACCGGUUUUCGUUAAAAGCCGUCCGGUUCAUCCGGUUCACCCCGGUUCAACUGUACAAACGGUCUUUGAAGCAAACCGAACCGGCGAAGUCCCUGGUUCCGGUUUUUCCCGGUCGAACCGCCGGGCCGGUCCGGUUUUUUGUACUAUGCUUAAACCCCACAAAGUCAAGAGGCUGAUGCGACUGCUUCCUCCCCUCCACCUCUCCAUUUCCUUCGGGAAAUCCUCCCCACCAAAACAAACCAAGAGAGAGGAGCGGAGAUCUCACAACUCCGCCUCCUCCCAAAUGGCGCCGCCGCGCCGCGAUCCAAACCCUAACCACCUCCUCCUCGUUGCCGUACUCCUCCUGCUGGUCCCUGCCACGGUGGCGGCGGCGGCAACCUACUCGGAUCACUGCCACGGCCUCCCCUCCGCGCCCGACCUCGCGGGCGGCGGCGGCGGCGGCGAGGGAGGCGCUGAUCCGACCUCGCUGCGCCUCUCCCUCCAGCUCAACACCGGCUACUUCUCCGGCGGCGGGGCGCGGCUGUUCGGCCCCGACCUCUCCAUCCCGCCCCGCUCCUUCUCCUUCCUCCCCUCCUCCGUGGUGCGCACCACCGACGCCUCCCUCCUCCACGUCUCCGCCACGCUCACCGUGUCGGGCGGCCGGAGGAGGAGGCCGCCGAACGAUGGGCGGCACCUCCUCGUCGAGUACGACGGCCAGGCGCACCGCUUCCGCCCCCGCCUCCCCCGCUUCGCCGGCCGCCGCGGCUCCGUCACGUUCGGCCUCGAGGGGUACUACUCGUCUGCCUCCGGCGAGCUCUGCAUGGUCGGCACCGGCUCCGGCCGCGCCGCCGACGGCACGGCGGUGAACCUCCUCUCCGCCGUGCUCCGCGUCCGCUACCCCGGCCGCGCCAACCUGACGCGCCCCUUCGUCACCGGCAGCCUCGAGAGCACCGACUCCCCCAGCUUCUUCGAGCCCGUCUCUCUCGUCACCUACGCCGAGGAGGGAUACGCGUACGCGGAGAGCGCCUCGUGCCCGCCGCCGCCCACCGGUAGGCUCGACGCGCUCCAGGUGUUCGAAGGUAGUAAAUUCUCAUGCGCACACCUCAGUUCGCUGUUCAAGGCGACGUUCAGGCUCGACUACACCAACGGCAGCAGCGAGUCGACCGCCUCAUCGCUGGGGCUUCACCAGAGGUUCAUGUUCAUCAACCGGAUGCGAUGUGCCGACAAUGGCGCAGUGCGAGCUUAUGUGGUGUUCGCGAAUCAGACAGAUGUAUCGGCAUACUACUUUAUGCUUGGUGAGAAGGCCAUGGUAGUGGAGGGUUUCUGGGACGAGAAGAGGAGCAGGCUGUGUCUCAAAGGGUGUCACGUUGUGAAUUCGGGACCAUCCCGUGCGGAUUUGGCGGUGGGCGAGUGUGGGAUUGGGAUGAGCUUCUGGUCCCCCGCUGUGUGGUCACUACAGGAACGGAGCUUUGCUGCAGGUUUGGUCUGGAACACGAGCCUGAAGAGCGGUGAGGGCAUAGCUGCAAGCUCCAACACAAUAGCUCCAUACUUUAGGGGAAGUCUUUCGGGUCUGAAGUAUAACUACACCAAGGUUGAUGAGGCAAAGAAGUAUUAUGAGAAGUAUGGCUUGAACAAGAAGAGAAAGGGAAAGUUCCCUGAUAGCAAUUCAUAUCGGGACUUAACAUUCCGGUUCUUCUUGCAGAAAGGAGGGGGCUCUGGAUAUGCAUCACCAGUCACAAUUGGGUCAAUGCUAUAUGAUGGGAACUCUUUGGUUGAUUCAGAUCAUUCCUAUCAUAUAAUGACAGAGACGAAUCAUAGGUUACUUAAUGUCAGCUAUGACAUUCACUAUGUCGGGAAUUGGUCGCUAGAAACAUUUCGCCGUCAGCAUAUCUCUGCAGAGGGUGUUUAUGAUGCUAAGACAGGCUCCUUGUGUAUGAUUGCUUGUCGGGUGGUUAAUAUCUCGUUGGACUGUGAAAUUCUUGUAACUGCUCAGUUUUCUCCUUUGGAUACAAAAGUAGCACAGCAUGUCAAGGGGACAAUUAGAAGCUUGAGGAAGAAGACUGACCCUCUUUUCUUUGAACCGCUGGACAUUGCUUCGUAUGGGUUGUACAUAGACAAAGUGGAUGAGUCGAUGUGGAGAAUGGACUUGGAAAGCACCAUGGCCCUGAUCUCGAUGACACUAUCCUGUUUGUUCAUUGCUGUGCAACUGUUCCAUGUCAAGAAGGUUCCUGAAGCGCUUCCUGCCAUGUCAAUCACCAUGCUUGUAGUUCUCUCUUUGGGUUACAUGAUACCUCUUGUGUUGAACUUUGAGGCCCUCUUCAAGAACAGUAACAAACAGACAUUUCCACUUUCAGGUGGUGGUUGGCUUGAGGUGAAUGAAGUCAUUGUGCGAAUCAUUACCAUGGUAACCUUUCUGAUGCAGUUACGACUUCUUCAAUUGGCAUGCUCUGCACGUUCCAUGGAUGUAAGCAAAGAUCAAUCAUGGGCUGCUGAGAAGAAAGUGCUUUGGAUAUGCUUGCCACUGUACAUUAUAGGUGCAGUCGCAGCUUGGGUUGUUCACAUGCAAUUUAACAACAACCGAAGGAUGCUUAGAAAGGUUGCUCGCUUACCUCGGGUUAAUAGACAUGCAUUCUGGGAGGACCUUGUGUCAUAUGGGGGAUUAAUACUCGACGGGUUCUUGCUCCCUCAGGUUAUCUUAAACGCAUGCUUAGGCUCCAAAGUGAAGGCACUUUCCCCGGGAUUUUACAUUGGAAGCACCAUGAUUCGUGCGCUACCUCAUGUGUAUGAUGUGUUCAGGGCUAAGCAUUUUGUGCCCAGCUUGAGACCAUUUUACAGGUAUGCAAACCCUCGCGAUGAUCUCUUCAGCCUUGCAUGGGACAUUGCCAUACCAUGUGGAGCAAUACUGCUGUCGGUUCUUCUGUUCCUUCAGCAGCGGUUUGGAGGCGCUUUCUUCAUUUGUUCGAAGAACAGGAAGGCAAGUGAAUAUGAAAUGGUUUCCACAGUUAGCUCUUAACAAGUUUUCAUCUGUGCAAGAGAAAUAUAGAGAAGGUUUCUAUAGGCUAAGAAAUAGGUUGCUUCUUAUGUCUAUGUUUGCUUUACACACUUACAUACCUGCCUUGUUGAAGCAAAAUUACAUACAAAAGAAGCUAUUCAGGUUGGGCAUUCAGCAAUAAUGUUUAAAAUGCUCCGUUCAUUUCUAUGUGCUACUAGUCAGUUUACAAUUACGCUGUUAUUAUUCUGGUAUUCAGAGGCAGUCGAGGUGGAUUUCUGACC